AUGUCAAGCCGAACUUGCAACCAGCGUGGCUUAGGAGGCGUGCCGCUACCGGGAGCGCUUGAGCUGCCCGCCAAUAAUGAAUCGACGAACGUAUCCAGCCUGGUUGUGUUUCCGGACUCCGCAGUGUGGGACGGUCCUCUGGUGCAGCGCGUGGCGACACUGUCGGUCAUCAUGCUGUUCACCUUGGCCGGAAACGCUGCCAUUGUCGCAGUUCUGGCGCGGCCUCGCGCCGCGUUUCGUUCCUCGUCACGCGUCAACCUCUUCAUCUUGCACCUGGCUGUUGGUGACCUCGCUGUGGGACUCUUCACGCAAACAUCGGAGAUUCUCUUCGAGGUAUCCGGCAGUUGGGUCCUGGGUCCCUUGGGCUGCAAACUAGUGGUUUACGUGCAGAUGGUCACCCUCGCCUCGACGACUUUCAUUUUAGCGUCUAUGAGCUACGAUAGGUACGCGGCCAUCUGCCGACCACUGGAGUCGCGGUCAGGGCUGCGUCGCGCAAAAGCCAUGCUGGCCGCAUCAUGGGUCCUCGCUUUCAUCUUCGCCAUUCCACAGCUCUUCAUCUUCGUCGAGGUACAAACAGGGGUGACCGUGUCCGGCCAGCCACACAUGGAGUGUCUGAGUGUUGGCUACACGCAACACUGGCAACGUCAACUCUACUUCUCUUGGCUCACAUUGUACAUCCUGGUGGUGCCUGGCCUACUGAUAUCGGCCUGCUACCUGCGAUUGCUGCGCGUUGUAUGGACCGCCUCGGACCAGAUCGGCGCUAGCUUCAGGUCUAACGGCAAGGGCCCACUGCCAACUCUGCGACGCUGUACGCAGGCGCAUCCGCUGCUGCCCCGGGCACGCGCCAAGACGCUCAAACUCACAGUGUGCAUCAUAGCGAGCUUCAUGCUUUGCUGGAUACCAUACUUCGCGGUGCACAACGUCCGAAUCCACAGCCACUAUUGUAUCAAGGUGCCACGAGCUGUCAUCGUGUUCGCCGAGACGGUCGCCUUGCUCAACAGUGCCGUCAAUCCUAUUUUUUACGGCCUCUUCAACGUGCACAUUCGUCGAGGACUUUGCGAGAUAUUGUCGAGAGCUCGAGGUAGAAGCCGUUGCCGCAGCUGCUACUUCGGCCAGGACUCAACACUUCGUCAACGAGGCCGGACAAUGGCCCACGCGGUGGCACUCACGACCAGCACGUGUGCUCCAGACGCCAGCUCGCUUGCAAGCCCUGCACACCACAACGGCCGCUUGCUCCAAGUGCAGCAUGACGAGCAGGAUAGCGUACAUCUAGGCAACGUAGAGGAAGUGCCAUUGGUUGCAAUCAACGGCAAGGCCACUACACCAUGUGCCGUGUAG